AUAUGUGGCACUAUAUAUCUUAUAGCAUAGAUAAAGUAAUAAUACCGUUUGAUUUUCAUGCACACAUACGACACCUUCUUCUUCUCUUCCAUUUAACACUUAACUGGCAUAUGAAUCCAAACACGUCUCUCUCUUUCCUUCUCUCUGUCCUAACUCCUAAAUUCAAUGCUUUUUAAACACUUAGCAAACUUUGCAGAGUUAGAUCAAAAGAAAGAAAACAAAAUAGAGCUAGCUAUGAUUUAUAGAGAUUGCUGAAAAUAUUCUAAAGUUACACUUUGUGUUAUAUGUCAUGAGAAAUAUGAAACACUAUAUAUUAGUAUAAUCUGUUUCUCAACAACAACAGAUUAUAUAUAGUAUAUUAGAUCAAUGGCAAAGCUUCUACUAAUCACAUGUCUUUCACUACUUUUUCUUAUUAGUCAAGAAAAUUGACAAAAAGAGAUAUACCCUCUUUAUUUUAUUAUUUUUUAUUUUACUUUUACAUAAACAUUCUCACAAGCCUUGGCAAAAAAGGAUCUUCAAAUAGCAACUUGCAUAGAUGAUAAAUCAAAGUGGUUUGCCUGAAAAAUCACUCUCUAUAAUCUAGAUAAUGUUCCUUAUGAUGCUAAGGAACAGAUCAAGAGCAGUGACCAAGCCAAAUUUAAUGGCUGAUCAUAGUUCUCAACAAUCUUCAAAUAAUCAAAAUUGUGCUAAAAAAACUCUCCCUUCUUUAUUUGGUUCACCAAAAUUUAUUAAAGAUUUCACCACCUUCAACAAUAGUACUCUCUUAGAAGUUUUGAAAAGUCCAACUUCAAUUCUUGACACUAGAAUGUUAUUCCCUUAUGGAAAUUCAUUUUUGUAUGAUAACAAAAUGAAAAAUGUUCCAAACAAAACCUUCUCAUCAAGAGCCAAUAUUGGUCUUGCUCUUAUAGGUAACCUUAAAGAUGAUUCAAUUGAUGAGAAUAAUUAUGUUGAACAAAACAAAGGAAAUGUUUUGUUUGGAACACAACUUAGAGUUAAAAUUCCAUCUUUACCCUCUCCUAUAUUUUCUCCAUUUGAGUCUCAAACUAAAACCAAAGACUCACCAAAUUCAAGUGAUUAUACAAAAGAUCAAUCUCUAUCUUUGAGUGAGAUGGAACUUUGUGAGGAAUAUACAUGUGUGAUAUCUCAUGGUCCUAAUCCAAGAACUACUCAUAUAUUCAAUAAUUGCAUUGUGGAGGAAAGUUAUUGUUCUUUGCCACAAAACAACUCUAACUCUUCUUAUGGGAAUUUUCUUGGAAUAUGUCACACUUGCAAGAAACAUCUUGAGCAUACAAAGGACAUUUUUAUUUAUGGAGGAGAGAAAGCCUUUUGCAGUAGAGAAUGCAGGCACAGAGAAAUGUUGUUAGAUGGUGUAGAAAGUUUAGAAGAAAUUGAAAGUACUAAUUAAUGCUUACUACUAGUAUUAUUGAGGAUGAUGAUUAACAAGCUAAUCAGAAAGUCAAAAACAAAUUUUUCUAUUAUUCCUCAAUGAUAUCAUCAUUAGCUUUUUUUUGGUAUUAGUCCUCUCUAGCUUACGGGGAAAGAGGAUUCCGGCAAAUCAGAGUUCAACCAUGAGGUUAGGAAAGUCUCGCGAAAAAUUGUUUAAACCAGGAAUUGAAGUCGGGUAUAUCUUUCAUUGUAAUCAUCACUAGCUUUGUUGAUAGUAUAUCUUUCAUUGUAAUCAAUAAUUAAGUUUUUUUUUUUUGUUGAAGAAUUUUUUUGGUUUUGUUUGUUUUUGAGCUCUCCAAUGGAAAUAGAGAUAAGAGAGGGUGUUGAGUUAAUUCCAAGAAAUGAAUGACUCUUAAUUUGAUUGCUUCUG